UUGGGUGCGGCAGGGCGCCGAAGAGCUGGGCCGGCUCUCUUCUCCCAAGAUGGCUUCUCUUCUUCAGUCAGACCGCGUCUCCUACCUGGUGCGCGGCGAAAAGGAGAUCCGCAUGCCGCUUUCGCAGCUGUAUUUCUGCCGCUACUGCAGUGAGCUCCGUUCCCUCGAGUGUGUCUCGCAUGAGGUGGAUUCUCACUAUUGUCCCAGUUGUUUGGAGAAUAUGCCUUCAGCUGAAGCCAAGCUGAAAAAAAAUAGGUGUGCUAACUGUUUUGAUUGCCCUUGCUGUAUGCAUACCCUCUCUACCCGAGCAACAAGCAUUCCUGCUCCAUUGCCUGAUGAUCCUGCUAAGACUACAAUGAAAAAAGCUUAUUAUCUGGCCUGUGGAUUUUGCCGCUGGACAUCCAGGGAUGUUGGCAUGGCAGAUAAAUCAGUUGCCAGUGGAGGUUGGCAGGAACCUGAAAAUCCUUAUACACAAAAGAUUAAUAAACUGGUGGAAUAUUAUCAACAGUUGGCUCAGAAGGAGAAGAUGGAAAGAGAUCGUAAAAAAUUAGUUCGACGGCGACCAUACAUGCCACUGGCUUUUUCGCAACAUACUAUACAUGUAGUGGUAAGUUCCUUUAGCUGGUUCCUUUAGCUGGAUUCAGCUAGUCAAAUUGUCUUUAUUGCAUUUGGGUGACUAACAUGCUCAUAA